GCGACAGUUGUCUACUUUUUCACGCCGAUAUCAGUGUUUCUUAGAAAAAUGUCAUCGCCGCUGUCGAAGCCUCAGAUUAUUACGCAUAUUCAGAAGAGUUUGAACUAUACGGUUUUUGACAGUAAAUGGAUUCCCUGCAGCGCGAAGUUUGUCUGUCUGGGAAACUUUCCUAGUGGAACCGGAGUGAUUCAAAUAUAUGAAGUUCACCAAGGCGAGGCUCAGCUCAUAAAGGAGGUAGAGAAACCUAAAGCUAUAAAGUGUGGAACAUUUGGGGCCACGUCUCUUCAGCAAAGACACAUAGCAACAGGGGAUUUUGAUGGAAAUCUCAAUAUAUGGAAUCUAGAGACCCCGGAUGUGCCCGUAUAUGCUGUAAAGGCCCACAAAGAGAUAGUGAAUAGUAUUGAUGGUGUUGGUGGUCUGGGGAUUGGUGAUGGUGCGCCUGAGAUCGUCACCGGAAGCAGAGAUGGUACAGUCAAGGUGUGGGAUCCCAGACAGAAGGAUUCCCCUGUAGCCAACAUGGAGCCAAUGGAAGGAGAAACCAAGAGGGACUGCUGGACUGUUGCUUUUGGUCAUGCCUUUAAUGAUCAGGACCGCUGUGUUUGUGCUGGAUAUGACAAUGGUGACAUCAAACUCUUCGAUCUGCGGAAUAUGUCUCUACGGUGGGAAACGAACAUUAAAAAUGGGGUAUGUUGCGUGGAGUUUGACAGGAAAGACAUCAACAUGAACAAGCUGGUGGCCACUUCACUGGAGGGAAAAUUCCACGUUUUUGACAUGAGGACCCAGCACCCUACCAAAGGCUUCGCCUCUGUUUCUGAAAAGGCUCAUAAGUCGACCAUUUGGCAGGUGAGACAUUUGCCUCAGAACAGAGACAUCUUUAUGACCACAGGAGGAGCCGGCAACCUACAUCUAUGGAAAUAUGAGUAUCCUGCUCAGAGAUGCAAGAAAGACUCUGAUGGUGUUGACGUAGGUGUAGCUGGAUCUGUCAACCUCUUACAGAAUGUCACUCUGUCUACUCAGCCAAUUGCCAGCCUGGACUGGAGCCCAGACAAGCAGGGCCUGUGUGUGUGUUCGGGUUUUGACCAGUCUGUCCGUGUACUUAUUGUCACUAAACUCAACAUAGUUUAACAACUGCACUGCAUAAAAGACUUUUUGUGAUCUGUGAAGCCUAAUAUGGGAAAAACAAAAAACAAAUAAGUAUCUGCAGUGCUGCACCACCCGUGUGUAAGUCACAGACUUAAUGACGAGCAGUCUUUUAGUAGAAGACACCAAUUUUCUACUGCAAGUCCUGGAGAUUGCUCAUGUCCAUUUCAAUCAAUACUCCUUUAAAAAAAAAGUAUUUUAGAUUAACUGGGAAACUUGAGUUUGGCCAUUUUUUCCCUCUGUUAAAGGAUAUCCCUAAAAAAAUGUGUAUUGUCUGGCUGAGCCCAGCAGAUAAUAUUAUCCUUUACUGCAGAGAAAUAUCCCUGUAACGCAGUUAUACAUUUCCUGUAAAGUUUCUAUGUGGAUGAAAAAAUAACUGUAGCCUCUGGCUUGGAAUUACUGUGGGAUCAAGAUUUAUUUUCACUCAUCAAUUUCUGUUUUUGUAGGAGGAAACUGAAACGUUUUCCGUUGUUGCACUGUCAGUGAAGAUUGUUGUAGUUCACUUUUGUCUAUUGUUUAAGUUGUGGCUUUUGACAUGACAUUUUUAAGA